UUAGGGUCUUGGAGGGGCUGGAACCUCCACGGCUUCCAGUCUCCCUCCAGCAGAGGGCAGCGGCCAAUUGUGUCUGUCGCUGGGAGGCGAAGGAAAUGCAGCCGGCUAGUUCUUCCUCUCUCUCUCCUUCUGCGUGCAGAGUCAGGAGCCAUUAAGCAAAGAAGCUGCAAAAAAGGGGGCUGGAAAUAACCAAAAAAAAAUCACCCAGCCAAGCUUUGUGACUCCAGGAAGGGAGGAGGAACUGCACUUUGGCCGGGAGAAGCCGCUCUCUGCGCGGGUGUUCUCAGCAUGAAAUUCUACGACUGCAGCUGAUCUCUGAACCUUCUUCAGUCAGCGGCACCAGCACAACCCAGUUGGCUUUGCGUCCUAAAGGAGGACCAUUCUUGAGCCGUGCUACUGCCACUAUAUAGUUACCAGCUGUUGUGGCAUCUGCUUCCUUCAGCUCCUUCUGGCUCACGGACUCCAAUGUUUUCCUCAGCAGCUGAGAGAGACAAAUGGGGACCUAGGUUUGACUCUCCCCCAUCCACUUCCGCUGCUGCCUCUCAGGCCAAUGCGACCGGCCGGAAAAGGAAAGCCAACUUCUCCAACGACGAGACGGAGACUCUGGUCUGGAAUGUAGUUCGACACUUCAGUGCCCUCUAUGGAUCUGAAUCCUUCCGGGCUCACCCUGUCCGCCGGAAGCAACUCUGGACACAGAUCCAAAGCCGGGUCAACUUCCUUGGCUACACCGAACGCUCCAUUGAUGAUCUGAAGCACAAAUGGCGGGACUUGAGGUUGGAUGUCAAGAAGAAGAUAACAGCCAAGAAGCCGCCACCUGUACACAGGCCGGGGCCUCCUCACAAACCUCGGCUUACGCCCCUAGAAAAGAUGGUGGCUUCGACCUUCCUGCAGCCUACCCAUGAUUCAGAGCCAGAAAUUGUCUUAGACCCAGAUAUUUUCUUCCCCGGGGCAUCGAAGCAGUCCUUCAUGCCCAUGCAGCCAGGCGUUAGCCACCCCAGCAUCUACAUUGAUACCAAUGGACAGCCCUCCUCACUGCCAGACAUGGAAGGCUCCAUGGUUCCACGCCUGGCGGUCCAGAGCCCCGACCCUUCCGUCAUCUGUGACUACAGCAGGGGUGAAGGGCAGAGCAGUUCAGCCGAGUCAGGACCAGAGCUGCGGACUCCAGAAAUGCCAGCCGUCUCUCCCCCACUAAGAAAUGAGUCUCUAGUUUCCUAUGCAUCCAUGUCCGAGGAAGAGGAGCGAGAAGGCCAAGAGGUGGAUGCUGGGAUGGGACUGCAGCCUGGCCUAGACCCACAGCUGUCUGCCGAGGAGGACACGAAGGGACCCAGCCGGCAGUCCAUGCUCAUCCGCAGGUGCAACUCACAGGGCUCAGUGACAUCCCUGCCAGAGGAUCCUCUCAAUCACAUGGAGACUCAUUCAGACUGGGGCCACGAGGGGGCUUCCGACAUCCCAGCUCUGGGUAGAGCGCUCAACCCCUCGCAGCCAGAGGAAGAAGAGGCAGCCAACCAAAGUGCAGAGAUGGGCUCCUUGCCCCGGGUGCUGAUGGGGCCGACGUGGGAGAAGCAGGAGGAGGAGGAGGAGGAGGAACAGCGGUCCACGUCUCCGCUACACAUUGGAGCCCUCACGGAGGAGUCCUUGCCCUCUUCCGCCUCUCCCCAGACGGACCAGGCGCCUGCUUCCCAUCCCUUGCCACGGGGGAUGCGGGAGGGCAGGCGAGAGGCUUGGAGGACGAAUAUCCAUCGCUUGAUGGACAUGGAGAACCAGUGGGACCAGCUGUACCACCAGGAGCUAGCCAUGUGGCAAGAGGAGAGGGCCCAGCAGCGCAACGAGCGAGCCCGGGACAGAGAGCUCCAGUUCCGGCUGCUCGGCGUCCUCACUGACAUCCGAGACGAACUGAGGUAUUUGCGGCAGGAGCGGACAACGGCCAGGCAGGAGCGAGCCACGACCCGGCAGGAGCGAGCGUCGCAGACCGUCACGCCAACCACUGUCCCGGCUCCAGCCGCCUUGCCUCCAGAGACGGAGGCUCCAGAGACCUCAACCGAGCCCAGCCCUCUCUUCUUCCCGGUCAAAACUGAAGGGAGCCUCUCCAGACCACUCGCUGCUAGAGCUGGCCGGGGAGAGGCAACCAUGGUGACUCGAAGUCCUCAUGGCAUCCCUCGGCGGGGUAGAGGCCGUCCCCGUGGCUCCACGUCGAGACACAGAAAGUUGUUUAUGUCCAGUAGCUAGGAGCAGCUGGGCACCUGCUAGCUCUAAACCAAUAGACACCGUGUGUGUGUACAGGGCUCCAGAAUUUCCUCUGUAUGGGUGUGUGGAGGGCCUAGAGUGUGUGUGUCUGAUGGGAAUGUCUGGGAAUGUCUACGGUAUAUUGCACUCUGUAAAAGAAAAGGAUGUCUGGGGGCACGAGUGAUCAUGUGUGAAUGUGAUUUUACGAGAGAGGGUGAAUGAAUAUGCGUGGUGGUGUGACUUCAAUGAAUUGUGUGUUACCGUGCUGUAGGAGCUGGCCCCUGAUGUUACAUCCUUGGAUAAAUAAUGACAUGUUCUGGGUAGGACAACCCAGCACUGAUGCAUGGCGGAAAUCUUGGCUCCCACCAGCAGCUGUGACUCUGUAGUGCUGUUUGCGUUGGCUGGAUGUUCAUCCAACAUGUGUCCGACUAGCAAAUUAAUACUACUCCAGUCACAACCGCCAUAGGUGAGGGCAGAGGACAUAAGCUUGAAGGAGGGGCACAUCUGGGUCUGCGAGAGAGACGGCGUGUGGAUGGAUGAGUGUGAAACGUGUUAGUGUGAGUAGGACUGCUACUUUGUGGGUCGGGAAUUAAGGAUUCUUAGUUGCUGUUGUUGAGACAUUUUAUGCAAAUCAUUUAUUGGACUAAUUUGCAUAUAUAUCCAUAAACUCUUUUCAAAAAAAAGCAGCCAA